AUGAGUACAUUAAAAGAGAUCGAUUCCAAAUUACAAGAUAUUCUACCAUUUAAAAUGAAUAUUGAUAAAUUAGAAGAAGAAGAAUUUAAAAAGAAGAUCCAGAAAUUAGGUACUCAACUACUUACAAUUGCAUCAAAAGACGAAUUGUCGAUACGAGAUUCUGAUCAAUUUCGAAUGCUUUAUAACCAUCUAGCAUCAUUGAUCAAAUAUGCAGCUAGGAUAGGAUUCGAUACUCGACAAUUUUUAGAUACAUCAGAAGAAAAACUUUUUGAUCAAGUAAUGGUUUUGAGCAAAGAAAUAAGAUGUUCGAGUUCGAAUAUUCAAAAGGUCGCUCAAUUGUUAACUAAAAUGAAAUUUCUUGUUGAAAAUUUAUCGGUGUUCGAUAGUAAAAUCAAUAGGGAGAUCGAUGGAAUUCUUAAAAUUUACAAACAAACAAAAAGUCCAACAGCACUUAUGCAGUUGACUAUGAUAUUAGAAAAAACAGAUAUCGGUGCACGACUAAUAUCUGAACAUUCUGCUUUAAAGUAUGUUCUGAAAGAAAUAGCUGGCGACGAUAUUGCAACAGAUAUUUUAGCCACAUGUUAUCAGACUUUUCGAGCAACAUAUGAUGAUACAAUAUCUCGAAUAUUGACAGUAUUUGAUCAGAAAAAAGAUAAUGAGCCUGAUUUAGAAGCAUUGAUCAAUAAAACUAAAGCUCUUGUUGGAAGAGUAACUUUAAAAUCGAAUACUAUUAAGUGGGAUCAUUCCUUUGGUGAUAAAAUUCCUGAGUUAUUGGCAUAUAUUUUUGCUGUAUGGACUUUAAAGAAUACGCAACAUUACAAUGCAUUGCGUGGUAUUGAAUCUGCACGUGCAUAUUUGUUAAUGCUUCAUGUUGUACAAGUUCUUGCUAUUUUUCGUAUUCUUGGUAUUGGUUAUAAAAAACAUCAAAGAAAUAGAAGAUCGAAUAAACCUGUAGGCGAUAAUAUAUCUGAUGAUUUGGUUAAUAAUCUAAUAGAAAUAGGAACAGGUGAAGGUAAAUCAGUUGUGAUGGCAGUAACAGCUUGUGUUUUUGCUCUCAUAGACGUCGAUGUCAAAUGUUCAUGUUACAGUGAAAUAUUGAGUACACGAGAUCAGAAUGAUUUUGCUUCAGUUUUUCGUGCUCUUCGAGUAGAACAAUGCAUUGAAUAUGGUACUUUUAAUAAAUUAUGUGAAAAUCUAUUGAAUGAACGAUGUAAUGUUCGUGAGAAAGUGCGUGAUAUGAUUAUCAAUAAUAAAAGCGUCAUAUCCGUAGUUGAAACAACUGCAUACUUGCGUCCUAAAGUGUUGUUAAUCGAUGAAGUAGAUGUUUUAUUGAGCGACAAAUUUUAUGGUGGCACGUAUACACCAUCAGUAUAUUUGAAAGAUCCUUCCAUUAAGACUCUUUUAGAUGCCAUUUGGCAUAAUAAAACAUUACGGAAUUUAAACAGUGUUACAGCAACAUCAGCAUAUCAAAAUUGUGCUGCUCGAUUUAGUAAUUGGACUUUUCUACUCGAUGAAGCCAUUAAAGAUAUGAUAGCAGCAUUACAAUCAUUUCAGUCUUCGACUCAUAUUAUUCAAAACGAUAAAAUGUAG